GGAAGAAAAAUCUAGUGACUGUCAGCGGUGUCGACAUUCAUGAGUAGACGUCAAAAAAGUGUUCAUGUGGCAGAUUGUGGAACAGAAAGUAGUUCCAAGUUUCGAAAUUUAAUUACGGAUACUUGACAGUGAUUUGUUAAAUGAAAUAAUCGUCAAAAGUUGAAACCUUUAUUGAAUAUCUAGUGCUUGAAAUAGCAGUGUCGCAUUAUUAAUUAUUGGAUUUGUAUUAACGAAUUAAUUUACGUUUUAAUCCAUAGGCGUAGGAAUACUGUCGUCACAAUAGAACGAUUUUUCGAACACGGGCGCCAUGUUGAAAUUGUGAAGAGUGGAGAGGCAUUCAAUUGAUUGCUCUGUGCACCAGAAAAUCAGCGGAAGCGGAGAUUUGCUGAUUUCCAGUGAAAAAUCGUGUAAAAAGUGUUGAAAACUGUCCUAAUUUGUUGCAUACGAGUACGUUAUUAAAUCGCCAACAUGUCGCAAGCUCUCCCGAUACGCUUUCAGGAGCAUUUGCAGCUCACCAACAUCAACAUCAAUCCGAGCUCAAUCUCCUUCACCAACUUGACAAUGGAAUCCGACAAGUUCAUUUGCGUCCGUGAGAAGAUUGGCGAAACAGCGCAAGUCGUCAUUAUCGAUAUGAACGAUGCGCAAAAUCCUAUCCGCCGGCCGAUUAGCGCUGAUUCGGCCAUAAUGAACCCUGCUAGCAAGGUCAUAGCUCUGAAAGCUCAAAAGACGCUCCAAAUUUUUAACAUCGAGAUGAAAUCCAAAAUGAAGGCUCAUACAAUGACCGAGGAGGUCGUUUUCUGGAAAUGGAUCACCUUGAACACUCUGUCUUUGGUGACGGAGACAUCGGUGUACCAUUGGUCCAUGGAAGGGGACUCAACUCCGGUGAAGAUGUUUGAACGUCAUUCAUCACUGAACGGAUGCCAGAUCAUCAACUAUAGAACCGAUCCCAAGCAGGCUUGGCUUCUUUUAGUUGGUAUUUCCGCUCAGCAAAACCGUGUGAUCGGGGCAAUGCAACUGUAUUCGGUGGAACGCAAGGUGUCUCAGGCAAUCGAAGGACACGCCGCUUCAUUCGCGACGUUCAAAAUGGAAGAGAACAAGGAACCAUCUACGCUGUUCUGUUUCGCCGUACGUUCGGCUACCGCUGCCAAACUCCAUAUCAUUGAAGUUGGAGCUCCACCCACUGGCAACACAGCUUUCACGAAGAAAGCAGUGGAUGUCUUCUUCCCACCGGAAGCGCAGAGUGACUUCCCAGUAGCGAUGCAAGUUUCUCCCAAAUACGACGUAAUAUAUUUGAUCACCAAAUAUGGAUACAUCCAUAUGUAUGAUAUCGAAACUGGAACAUGUAUCUACAUGAACCGUAUUUCGGCUGAUACCAUUUUCGUAACGGCACCUCAUGAAUCCAGUGGAGGCAUUAUCGGUGUCAAUCGUAAAGGACAGGUUCUGUCGGUGACUGUUGAUGAGGAACAAAUCAUUCCCUACAUCAACACAGUACUGCAAAAUCCUGAUCUUGCAUUGCGCAUGGCUGUCCGUAACAAUUUGUCCGGGGCCGAAGAUUUGUUUGUUCGCAAGUUCAAUCAUUUGUUCCAAAACGGUCAGUACGCAGAAGCUGCCAAGGUCGCAGCCAUUGCUCCUAGAGGAAUUCUUCGUACUCCACAAACCAUCCAAAAAUUCCAGCAAGUUCCAGCUCAACCCGGAACAAACUCUCCUCCAUUGUUGCAAUACUUUGGCAUUCUGCUUGAUCAAGGCAAGCUUAAUAAGUACGAGUCCCUAGAACUGUGUCGCCCUGUACUGGCGCAAGGUCGUAAACAACUGUGCGAGAAAUGGCUCAAGGAAGAGAAACUUGAGUGCAGCGAAGAGUUAGGUGACUUGGUAAAGCCGUCAGAUCCCACUCUAGCGCUGUCGAUCUACCUGCGCUCAAACGUCCCGAAUAAAGUUAUUCAAUGUUUCGCUGAAACCGGUCAGUUCCAAAAGAUUGUGCUCUACGCCAAGAAGGUCAACUACAGUCCAGAUUAUGUUUUCUUGUUGCGUUCCGUUAUGCGCACAAAUCCGGAACAGGGUGCUGGAUUUGCUAGUAUGCUGGUAGCCGAUGAAGAACCACUGGCAGAUAUCAAUCAGAUCGUAGAUAUUUUCAUGGAACAAAACAUGGUACAGCAGUGUACGGCUUUCUUGCUUGAUGCUUUGAAGAACAAUCGUCCCAGUGAAGGUUCUCUCCAAACCCGUCUGCUGGAGAUGAAUUUGAUGUCCGCGCCACAAGUUGCUGAUGCCAUCCUCGGAAAUGCUAUGUUCACUCAUUACGAUCGCGCUCACAUUGCCCAGCUAUGCGAGAAGGCCGGAUUGCUGCAACGAGCAUUGGAACAUUACACUGAUUUGUAUGACAUCAAGCGUGCCGUUGUUCAUACCCAUCUACUGAACGGAGACUGGCUGGUGGGAUUCUUCGGAACACUAUCGGUUGAAGAUUCACUGGAAUGCUUGAAAGCAAUGCUAACUGCCAACAUUCGUCAGAACUUGCAGAUUUGCGUGCAGAUUGCUACCAAGUACCACGAACAACUGACUACGAAGGCAUUGAUUGAUUUGUUUGAAAGCUUCAAGAGCUACGAAGGGUUGUUCUAUUUCCUUGGAUCGAUUGUUAACUUUAGCCAGGAUCCGGAAGUGCACUUCAAAUACAUCCAGGCAGCGUGCAAGACCAAUCAAAUCAAGGAAGUUGAACGCAUCUGUCGUGAGUCCAACUGCUACAACGCUGAACGAGUUAAGAACUUCCUCAAGGAAGCUAAGCUCACCGAUCAACUUCCGUUGAUCAUCGUUUGUGAUCGUUUUGAUUUUGUUCACGACCUCGUUCUGUAUCUGUACCGGAACAGUUUGCAAAAAUACAUUGAAAUCUAUGUACAGAAGGUAAAUCCAUCUCGUCUCCCAGUCGUUGUUGGUGGGCUACUGGAUGUCGAUUGUUCCGAAGACAUCAUUAAGAAUUUAAUCUUGGUCGUGAAAGGACAAUUCUCCACUGACGAGCUUGUUGAAGAAGUCGAGAAGCGUAAUCGUCUCAAGUUGCUGCUCCCGUGGUUAGAAUCUCGCGUCCAUGAAGGCUGCAUCGAGCCAGCAACUCACAAUGCUUUGGCUAAAAUCUACAUUGACUCGAAUAACAAUCCGGAACGGUUCCUGAAGGAGAAUCAAUUCUACGAUAGCCGUGUGGUUGGCCGGUACUGUGAAAAGCGUGAUCCUCAUUUGGCUUGCGUUGCUUAUGAACGCGGUCACUGUGAUCGUGAGCUGAUUGCAGUGUGCAAUGAAAACUCGCUGUUUAAAUCAGAAGCAAGGUACCUGGUUCGUCGCCGUGAUGCAGAAUUAUGGGCCGAUGUGCUGUCCGAAGCAAACCCGUACAAACGUCAACUGAUUGAUCAGGUUGUGCAAACUGCCCUCUCAGAGACUCAGGAUCCGGACGAUAUUUCCGUUACUGUCAAGGCAUUCAUGACAGCAGAUUUGCCGAACGAGCUGAUUGAAUUGCUUGAGAAAAUCGUGUUGGAUUCGUCCGUUUUCUCGGAUCACCGCAACUUGCAAAAUCUUCUGAUAUUAACGGCAAUAAAAGCCGACCGAAGCCGCGUAAUGGAUUACAUUAAUCGUUUGGACAACUACGAUGCGCCUGAUAUUGCUAACAUUGCAAUCAAUAACGAAUUGUACGAGGAAGCGUUUGCUAUCUUCAAGAAGUUCGAUGUCAACACCUCCGCCAUUCAGGUAUUGAUUGAACAAGUGCACAAUUUAGAGCGAGCGAAUGAAUUUGCUGAACGUUGCAAUGAACCAGCCGUCUGGUCUCAAUUGGCACGUGCACAGCUGCAGCAAGGCCUGGUAAAGGAAGCAAUUGACAGUUACAUUAAAGCCGACGAUCCUAGUGCAUACAUGGAUGUCGUGGAAACUGCCAGCAAGAAUGAGUCCUGGGAAGACUUGGUACGUUAUCUACAGAUGGCACGCAAGAAGGCUCGUGAAAGCUACAUUGAGAGUGAGCUUAUUUAUGCGUACGCUCGUACUGGUAGACUAGCUGACUUGGAGGAAUUUGUUUCCGGACCAAAUCAUGCCGAUAUCCAGAAAAUCGGCGACCGUUGCUUCAACGAUAAAAUGUACGAAGCUGCUAAGCUGCUAUACAACAACGUUAGCAAUUUUGCCAGAUUGGCUAUCACAUUGGUACAUUUGAAAGAAUUCCAAGGAGCAGUCGAUGGCGCAAGGAAGGCAAAUUCUACACGCACCUGGAAAGAAGUUUGUUUUGCUUGCGUCGAUGCUGAAGAGUUCCGGUUGGCUCAAAUGUGCGGCUUGCAUAUUGUGGUUCAUGCGGACGAGCUGGAAGAUUUGAUCACGUACUACCAGGAUCGAGGACAUUUCGAAGAACUGAUUGGACUCCUGGAAGCAGCCCUUGGUCUUGAACGGGCCCAUAUGGGUAUGUUUACGGAAUUGGCUAUCCUCUACUCGAAGUACAAACCAGCAAAAAUGCGUGAGCAUUUGGAAUUGUUCUGGUCGCGAGUAAACAUUCCGAAAGUACUUCGUGCCGCAGAACAAGCCCACCUUUGGUCCGAGUUGGUGUUCCUCUAUGACAAAUACGAAGAGUUCGACAAUGCCGUUCUAGCAAUGAUGGCCCAUCCUACGGAGGCAUGGCGAGAGGGACACUUCAAGGACAUUAUUACUAAAGUUGCCAAUAUUGAGCUGUACUACAAGGCCAUCCAGUUUUAUCUGGACUACAAACCGCUCUUGCUGAACGAUAUGCUCCUCGUGCUGGCACCCCGUAUGGAUCAUACUCGUUCCGUCAACUUCUUCACCAAGCAAGGACACCUUCAGCUGAUCAAGACUUACCUCCGAUCUGUGCAAAGUCUAAACAACAAGGCAAUCAAUGAAGCCCUUAAUGGACUUCUAAUUGACGAAGAGGACUAUCAAGGCCUCAGAACUUCAAUCGACGCUUUUGACAAUUUCGACAAUAUUGCUCUUGCUCAGAAGCUCGAAAAACAUGAACUGACGGAAUUUAGACGAAUCGCUGCUUACCUGUACAAAGGAAACAACCGUUGGAAGCAGAGUGUGGAAUUGUGCAAAAAGGAUCGUCUAUUCAAAGACGCCAUGGAAUAUGCGGCCGAGUCCCAUCAAGGUGAAUUGGCAGAAGAAUUACUCGGAUGGUUCCUAGAGCGAGGAGCGCACGAUUGCUUCGCAGCAUGCUUGUUCCAGUGCUACGAUCUGUUACGCCCGGAUAUCAUCCUCGAAUUGGCAUGGCGUCAUAACAUCAUGGACUUUGCAAUGCCCUAUCUAAUACAGGUAACCAGAGAAUAUACAUCCAAGGUUGACAAAUUGGAAGUGGCCGACGCUGAGCGACAAAAGGAAGGAGAAAAUUCUGAACAUAAAUCCAUCAUCCUUCCCGAACCACAGCUUAUGUUAACUGCUGGUCCAGGAAUGGGAAUGCCACAAUACGCGCCGCAAUAUACCGGAGCAUACGUACCAGCGCAACCGAAUAUGUCACCAUAUCCAGGAUAUGGUGGUAUGUAAAAUACACACACACUCGAACAUUCAUCGUAGCUCUGAAUUCGUUGUUUGACUGUGCUAUCGAUAGACACAAAAAUCAUUUAUUUGUUGUCUUCUUAAUUACGACUCGCUCGCUCACAUGCAGCGUUUAGUUAAGGUGAUUACUAUUGGUCAUUUCGUUUUCAACUAGUUGUACAAGAGAGGUUAUCGCAUUAUCGCUUACAUGAAUAUAGAAAAAUAAGAUGCAACAACUGAACUAUGAACCGAAGUGAUCGGACGCUAUAUUUAUUGAUUUGUUGAUAUAUUUUUCAUUAAAUUUAAAAUGUUUUUGUCACUUUCAACGAGACUAUAAUAAACAAAAAAGAUAAUGUCCAUCUCUAAAGCGAUCUUACUCAAUCCAACUACCUAUGUAGCAAACAUCGUUGAUAAAUAAAUAAGCUAAUAGUGAAGUUAAAUAAAAAAUCCUCAAGAAAUUUGUUUUGCAACAUUCAUCGUUAGAUUAACAGCUACUACAGAAAGUUUACUGUAAAUAUGGAAAAGCGUAUGUAAUCCUCCAAAUUCUAUAUAUACAUAUAUGAAGACAAUGUAGGUAUCUCCGGUGGUGCAAAUAAUAAUUAAAAAAAACAGUUCCCUGCAAUCAGCAUAAACAUUAAAACAAAAAUUCGAUUACAAUGUGUAUUUUUGAUUUUUUUAACAAAAUUAUUCAAAAUCAAAUGAGUUUAAAACAACAUCAUCAGUAUUUUUGUUCCUGUUCUUGAAUUUAUGUUACAUAAAAUUUAUGUUAUUUUAAUUGGACCGUAUCACAUUUCAACGCUGUUUGCUAGUCAUUUUCGCUAUCUUUCUCAAUUUGGUACUAAACUAUUAAAAUAUUAAAUUUGUUUUUCUAUAAACAAUUAUAAAUUGCAUUCCUUUUAUUAUAAAUAGCAUCGUUGAUGAGAAAUGGCUUUAUAUUCUAGAAAUGAUGUUUCGUUUCUGAAAAUCAUAUAGCAUAGCUAGUAUUUGCCCAAAACCCAUACUCAAAAUGAAAGUAGUUGAAACUUAAGUCACAAUAGUUUGCAAAGAUCCAAAUGUACAGAUUAUACUAACGUUUUUUUGGUUUCCAUUUCGGAUGGGUCUAAAUUUUAUAUUUUUUGUUCAAAAGGCCUUCAACGAUGCAAAAUAAUUUUCGGAAAUCAUAACUAAUGAUUUUUGAAAGCUAAGUUCAAAUCAAAGAUAUACCUACCACAGAUGAGGAGAACAUUUAGUAUAUCAUAUAUUUAUCUAAAGAUUACAAAUAUAUGAACUAAUCGUAUUAUCUUGCGGAACUGAAGUAAAGCUAUAAUAAAA